CCCGAACUUGCAUAGUACACUAAGGUUGAGACGAUGAGUUUGCCUGAAGCAAGCUCCUGCCGCAGCUGAGCCGCCGCUGCAUUCAGACCUGCCAUGCCCGUGUGACAGUCUUACCAAGCACAUACCGAUUCACCGUGCGUCAGGAGGUAUUACGACACUGCAAGAUGGAAGGUUUGAAUAACGUCGGGUUGACGCCGACGAGGUAACUUGAAACAAUGAGCUCCCCACGAGAACCACGACCGGAAUCAAGAGUGAGCAAACUGACAGUCACAGCUAAGGAAUGGGGCAAUCGGAUUAGGGUUGGUGCAUUUCCCAAAAGUAAGUUACCAGGCUGGUGGAAUUUACAGAUUCUUGCGCGAGCAGGUUGCUAGCUUCCUGCCUUGCAGCCCGUCACUCCUCUCUAACAAGAUAUCUUCAGCGACCCGCUGAUAGCUGGCGCCUGGAGCAGAGCAAGGCAGAGGCUGUUGCUCCAGCAAAGCAAGCACGCACAACGCUCGCCAUGAUCAGCCCUCAGCUCCUUCGAGGCGCCGCUAGGAGCGCAAUAGGCGCUCGUCCGAGCGUCCUUGCUGCGACCACCGGCUCGCGGCUUGUCGCUGUCGGCGCACCCUCCUUCCGCCGAUCCUUGGCCAGCGAGGCAGAUCCGCAAAGCACCAGGCCUCAGGUCAAAGCAGCUGCGACUAGCAGUCAUGCCAUUUCCACGCACCUGGUCGAGGACCUGCACUACAAGAGCGCUCAAGAGAUUCUCGCUGAGGGUGGCACCAGGAAGGAGGCCGCCCUAAGGCACUUUACUGUCAACUUUGGUCCUCAGCACCCGGCUGCACACGGUGUACUGCGCCUAAUCCUGGAGCUCAACGGGGAGGAAAUCCUGCGGACAGAUCCACAUGUCGGGCUGCUGCACCGCGGGACUGAGAAGCUUAUCGAAUACAAGACCUACACACAGGCCCUACCCUACUUUGACCGACUCGACUACGUUUCCAUGAUGACCAACGAGCUGUGCUACUCGCGCGCCGUUGAGAAGCUUCUCAACAUCGAGGUUCCCGAGCGCGCCAAGUGGAUUCGAACCAUGUUCGGCGAGAUCACGCGUAUCCUGAACCACUUUAUGGCUGUUCUCUCCCACGUCAUGGACGUCGGAGGUCUCACACCUUUCCUUUGGGGUUUCGAGGAGCGUGAAAAGCUGAUGGAGUUCUACGAGCGUGUGUCCGGCGCGCGACUCCACGCUGCGUACGUCCGGCCUGGCGGUGUUGCGUAUGACCUGCCUGUUGGGCUGCUGGACGACAUCUUCACCUGGGCGGUCCAGUUCAGCUCGCGCAUUGACGAGAUCGAGGAGGUUGUCACGAACAACCGUAUUUGGAAGGAACGCACUAUCGGUAUCGGAAAGGUGUCAGCCGAAGACGCGCUGAACUAUGGCUUCACCGGUGUCAUGUUGCGUGGCAGCGGCAUCCCUUGGGACAUUCGCAAGGUCCAGCCCUAUGACGCGUACGACCAGGUCGAGUUCGACGUCCCAGUCGGCAAGAACGGUGACUGCUAUGAUCGGUACCUGUGCCGUGUGGAGGAGUUCCGACAGUCUCUGCGCAUCAUCGAGCAGUGCCUGAACAAGAUGCCGGCCGGCCAGAUCAAAGUUGACGACCACAAGCUGGUUCCGCCGCCGCGUGCCAACAUGAAGGAGAGCAUGGAGUCGCUCAUUCAUCAUUUCAAGCUCUUCUCUGAAGGAUAUGCAGUCCCGCCGGGUGAGACGUACAGCGCGAUCGAAGCGCCAAAGGGGGAGAUGGCAGUCUACCUUGUCUCGGAUGGAUCCAACCGGCCGUACAGGUGCAAGAUCCGCGCACCGGGCUUUGCCCACCUUGCUGGUGCUGACAUGCUCGCGCGCCACCACUACCUUCCGGACAUGGUUGCCAUCAUCGGUACGAUGGACCUUGUAUUUGGCGAGGUCGACCGUUAAUGUAGAAAGUUGCAGCACGUGAAUUGCGAUUCUUCUGACUGCCAUGUGCCAUGUGUGGAUACGCACGGCGGUGCUUGUGUGA